GCUUCUUUCCUCCCCAUCCAUCAACCUUCAUCCACCUUGAAUAUAACUUCUUUAGCUAUCAACCAACGCGCCUUUUCUAAGUUCUUACCUGUUUGCUUCUCCGGGCCGGUCUCCCGUAAUAUUAAUUUUUCUUUCAUCGCACACCUUCACUCGCUUCGUCGUUGUUGAUCAUCGCCCUGUAGUCAGCUUUAAUCCUACGGUAUCAGUGCAGAAGCGCUUGAGCUCAAGAACUUGAAAAGAAGAAGAAGGACGGAAUUAAGUUUCGAUUUUGAAGAUGGCCGCCAAUUUCGCACCGGACGCUGAAGUGAACAUGUUCAUGAACCGGGUCUUCAUCCUUCCCACCUUUCGACCAUGCCGAGAGCACGGCGACCAUCACGAGCUGACGAUCGUCGUACCCGCCGGCAAGGGCCAAUCAAUAGUUUACCGGAUUGCCGAAAACAACAAGAAAUAUUAUUUGAGUAAGAAGCUACUAAACCUCCGUACCGAAAUCUUACCCAGCCGACCCAGCCCGACCGACGGGAGCAGACGACCAAUGUGGCUCGGGGAGAUUGCGGACGACCCGGUCAUCCGCGAGACCCUAGCAGAACGUUUGGAAGCUGCUUUACGAGCGAUCGAGAAACCAGAUGCCGCCUGCAGCCGGGAAUGGGCGUUGAAAUUCAUCGCCAAUGUCCGCCAUAAUGAGUUCCGUUGGUGUGAUGGCCGAUUGCGGGAGUUAAAACACACCCUUCUUUCGCAAGCCAUUUCAGCCAAAUGAUUAAUUAUUAGAGGCCUACCUUCCAUCCAAUUUCUCGACAUCUCUUUCACCCCGUAAUCCAUCGAUUCCUUUUAGUGUUAGCCAACUUAAUUUUUAGCAGUCCAUUUGGUGUACUUAACUUCUUGUAUAUAUCCUUUUUUUUACACACCAAUCCCAUGUCGAUCAUUAGUAGAACUGAUCUUGAGAGAAUCUUGCCUGUGAGUUUGAGUGAGAGCUUCGACUGUUGUUUCGG